GUUCUCCUUGCGUGGGUCUGCGUUGUCAUGGACUGGUGCUACGACUAUCGUGCAUGCUACUUUUCAGAUGACGAAGAUUCGCUAGACGACAAACAGAGCACGACGCUAACGGAUGGGAUCCUUCUCACGGAGCUGGACUUGUCGAGCAGACAAGAUACCGCUCAGCAUCGCAGCAAUCCGUGGACCAUUGCAAAGAUAAAUGCCUCAAUGCGGACUUCGACUGCUGCGACCAAGUCGCAGGGCGAUCGCGGUCGAAAGCCUGGCUCCUCUCUUGUCAAGCCUAUCUGCACGCGCGGGAUAUCCAAUGUCGAAAAGCCUGCUUCCGCCGAACCCAAGCACCGGAUAGAUGUAUGGUCUCAUCGCGUCGUCUUGUGAUCAUCUCUGGAUGCACUGAACUACGUCAGCUUGCGUUCGGUGUCAGCGGUAGUAGGCCAAUAAAAUCACAAAAGCCCAAGACACAGCCCUCGAGACAUAUUGCUACAAGCGGAGAAAACGCGCCAUCACAACGUGCAGUUUCGCCGGUCGGGACUAGCCCUGAUACUACUCGCACUGCAGAAUGCGGACAGUCACUGCAGGAUGCGGGCGUUGUAACCCGGCGCAAAAGCGAAAUAAACCGAGCCAUUGAAGAAGUUCGCGUUCCGGAUGAUGCCUCGUUGAACUCUGUGGGAGACGAUGGCCGCGUGCAGGAAACAGUGCAGCCCGCAAACGACCAUUCCACUCUUAUACCCGCCGCCCCCGCCGCUCGCACGAAACAGCCAAACACCCGUCCCCAUUCACCUUCUGUCCUCCCUCCGUCCUCUCAAUCCCGAAGCCAUAUUCUCAAACACCAAGACCAUGUUAUCGGGACCCGCGCACCGCCUGCCCCCGGUCGGCCCAUUAAGCGUGACGCAUACAGCGCCUUCCCGCCUUCGCCAGACGCGGCCUGGGGUACAAUCCCAUCGAACAAGCCCAAACGACCUGCGCAGGGGGCUACCGCGCGCACCGCGACUGCGAAGAAAUUCAAAAUCCCGUUGCUGACGAACAACCGCGGGGAGAGCCAGCCUGCUGACGGGAGGCGCCCCGUAUACCGUCCGCCUCCUCGAGUAACGACCAAGUCUCAUAUCCACGACACAUCAGGAACAUCCUCCCGUGGCUCGCGUGCCGACAGGAACCCAACGCCUGCUGAUACGGACACGACUAACAAGCGACGUUUCAAUCCCGUCGUCACGAUCUACGCACCGCUGUCACCAGUCUCCUCUCCCGUUCGUCCGUUUUCCACUGAUCAAGCUACUAUCCGUGCCAGAGCUUCCCUUCCAUCGCCACCGCCCUCGGAUCCUAUCCCAGAGCCCGACGAUGACGAACGCCCCGCAUGCCCUCCCGUCCCCUAUGAGCCGUUCAAAAUCAGAUAUGCCAGUAUGAAGAGGAGAAUCGCUGAGCGCAAGCGCGUGUCGACAGGACUAUGGGAUCGCCUCGGUCUGCCCAGCUGCGGCAUCGUCUACAAAGAUCCUCCCUGCACCCUGACCUCGCGGGAAGAUGGAACUGCUCUUGAUAUGCUGCCAAACGAACUUGAAGAGACUCUAUUUGAACUGCCUAUAUGCGCCUGGAACCGAACCGACCUUGCGUCUCCUGCUUGACUGCUUUCGUGAAACGUCUUCGACUCGCUGCAGCGCACCCUUCCCCGGUCCACAACGCAACGUCCCGAUCAAUCCCGCUGCUCGUUCUUUGUGCAUUAUUCUCUCGCUGUCGCUCUUCCCUCGUCUCAAACAGUCCCUUUGUACGCUUCAGCGUCCCAAUACCCUGCGUGUAUGUGUG